AUGAUUCUCGGGCCUUCGGGAUGCAGGAAUGGAGCAGAGGAUGCAUCUCCGGUAUUCAUUCCACUCACUCACUCAAUCGCUCCGGACAAUGACGGCGGUGGCGGCCAGGGAGUCACGAAAAAUAGCGGCCAAGGGAUGGAGGGGGAGAAAGUGUAUUGGAGAGGUGCAGAAGGGCAAGAGGGUGCAAGGGAGGUCAGGAUGCGGAUGGCGGGCGACGACAACGGAAAGCACAUCUUUUUGGCCAUUAAAGGGAUGGGAUCAGAUUUUGCAAAAGAGGAUGAGAAGCAUGGGAAAAAGCCAGCUCGACUCGCUCAAGGUGCCACCUCUCUUCCUCACCCUCGCACCACCAUCACUGGCGAUGACGAUGCACGCCGCCGCCUUCAUCUUCCAUCGAUUACUUGCCACUGCUGCCACUAUGCUACCUCACCACUCUAUGAGUUCGACCUCGCACAUUGCAACUCAAGAGGUGCGGAGUUAGGACUAUUGAUGGCGGCGGCAUGA